AUGAUGACCGGCACCACGGCGGUCCUACCGCUGGCAGCGCAUGCACUCAAGGAAGCGCGAGGUCAUCUGAUCGUCAAGAACCUCAGCAUUGCCAAGGAGGAAACGAUCUACUUUGUCGGGUCGCUCAUGGACGUCAUCGUGGCUGGCAAUCCCCAUGGAGGGGAGCACGGCGAGCGACAUAAAGGACACCGCGCGCAUCCUUGGUCGCUUCAUGCACAACGUCGGUUCACCGACGACGUCGAGUGUCUUCCCGCAGACAGCGAAGAUACGUCGAAGUUGGACAAGUUGAACUUACCUGAUGGCUACUAG